ACCUCAGAGCCUUUCACUUCUGGGUGACACGAGUCUCUUAAUUGAGCCUGUGCCGUGAUGACGGGGCCGGACAACUCUUCCACGUAUUUUACGAUCACGGGGCGGAGCUGAGGAACAGUAUUUGGACAAAUGGCAAUGUUUACAUUAUGUAAUCUGAAAAAGAGUACCAAUCAAACUCGCAAGGACGCUCGUUGCCUCGAAAUUAAAUUGCUGCGCGUAAUCUGCUUCCUGAAUCUCGGAAAUCCCCAACUAUUUGCGUAACAGUCCGUCAUAAGCCGAGUGUUAGAGACGCGAGCGAUCUACAAACGCAGCGAGGAUCGUAAAAUUGAGUUAAAUUUAGACAAAUUUGAAGGCAAUCUUACUCUACAUUGAAAAAAGAAACAUGACUGAAAGCAAGGACAAUACGGUACGCGUGGUGUUUGUAUCCUUGCUACUGGAUCUCCUGGCGUUUACAAUGAUACUGCCGCUGCUACCAGCCCUCUUGGACCAUUACAAAGAAAUAGAAAAGGGACACGGACUGUAUUCGACUAUUUUGAACUGUAUGAAGAGUAUACAGAUUUUCUUUGACGCACCAGAUAAAGUCAGCACAGUUCUAUACGGAGGUUUUUUAGGCUCUAUGUAUUCCUUCUUGCAAUUCCUGGGAUCGCCAAUCAUCGGAGCAUUGUCAGAUAUUUACGGACGAAAGCCUUUGAUGUUACUUUGCUUGACCGGCAUUUCGCUCUCUUACCUGUUAUGGGCAUUGUCUACAAACUUUGGUAUAUUUGUUCUGGCUAGAUUUGCGGGCGGUAUCAGCAAGGGUAACAUCAGUCUGUCAAUGGCUGUUAUCAGUGACGUUACUUGUUCAAAAACAAGAGGAAAGGCAAUGGCACUUGUGGGAAUAGCCUUUUCCAUUGGUUUUGUCGUGGGACCAAUGAUAGGUGCGUUUUUUGCGUGGAUAUCCAGUGGCAAUAGAGAAGGCACGUGGUACGUGAUACCAGCUCUGUUCGCGCUCUUCCUUGCCCUGAGCGACUUACUUUUUGUCGCUUACUACCUGAAGGAGAGUCUGUCGUUGAAACACAGAGCGACUACUUUGGCAAAAGGAUUAUCCGGAGCAAUUUCCUACAUCAAUCCCGUCGAUCUCUUCCAAUUUAAUGGGGUGCUGAACUUGAAUCGGCAAGAUCAACAAGAUUUGAAGAUAUUGGGUCGGGCGUAUUUUAUAUAUCUUUUCAUAUACAGCGGCCUUGAGUUCACUCUGACGUUUUUGACGCAUCAUACGUUCGGAUUUACCAGCAUGCAACAGGGUUGGAUGUUUCUCGGGAUUGGACUGACCAUGGCAAUUUUACAGGGCGGUUGGGUGCGGCACAUUCCCCCGAAUAGAACAAAAACUGUCAGCGAGCUGGGUUUAUGGCUUAUCAUUCCUGCAUUUAUAUGCAUCGGGGUCGCUAGCAAUGUACAGGUGUUGUGCAUCGGGAUUUUUCUCUUCGCAGUCUCCACCGCGAUGGUCGUUACAUGUAUGAUGACUCUGGUGACGCGCAUUGGACCCGAGCAUCAGAAGGGCGCGAUCACCGGUAUAUUUCGUUCACUAGGCGCGCUGGCUCGCGCCUGUGGACCCAUCAUCUUCUCCUCAGCGUUCUGGUGCAUCGGGAGUGCCACGACGUAUCUAAUCGGGGCUCUGCUACUUACGCUACCGCCGCUGAUUUUGCACAGUAUGCGUACUCUGUAACAUUGUGGCAUAGUCAAACGUUAUGCCGUCCUCUGCCUUUUUUUACUCUUAAAAGAUAUAUUGUACAGACAGUAUUUUUAUAUCUUUCUUACACACUUUUGCUAUCGUUUUAUACUGAUACUUUAAAGAGGUAACUAAAUACUCUGUCCGUCACGUUUGAUAUCUUCCCGUACAGCACGCACGUCUAAAGGAUGUCUUUAAGUCGUCUUUUAGAUAUACAUAUCUAAAAGACAACCUAAAGACGUCUUCAAAGCCUAAUCUAUAAUGUAUUCUCCGCAUCCAGAAACAUUCCAUUUUAUACAAGUAAAUCAAGACGCUUAAAAAAUUUGCCGACAGUGUAUACCACGAUUGUACAGUGUGUACUACACAAUUUUUUUAACGUAUUUAUCGACCACACAAUAGAAUGUUUCUAGACUCAAAUAGCACAUUGUAG